UGCGUAGGACAGCCACCUAAACUUCGAGCCUCAGGAGUAUCGACGAACACUACUGAUACGUCGGCCGAUGGUCUCCCUAUCGCUUCUCAGGCUGAACUACAACACUCAGAUCCAACUCCUCAAGAUCAUCAUCGUCAUCAUCAGAACCUCCGGCAACCUCGUGCAUAUAAUAUAUUUCAGAAUACCGGAAUAGCCAAAGGCAUCGGCUAUGCCAAUCACCUCUUUCCUGGCGUUUUCAACCAAGAGCGAUUUGUGCAACGCUCUCGGCUCCCAGCGGAUUCAGUAAACCCCGACGAUCAUCAACACUUCAGUUUGAUGUUACUUCUCGUCUUUCGCCUCCUGGACAAGAACCCCUGGGAGGAUGGAUUUAGAGAGCUUCUGGACGUCGCCAAAGAAGCUUAUGGGAGGGAAUCUGAGGUUCCAACUCUCGCCACCGUUAUGGCCGUUAUUUUGUUGUCAUGGGGGUUGUUUAGGUUACAAGAUCAUGCCCGCUUCGCGAAGGACCUUCUAGCUAACGCCCAUACGUGGUUGGAUUCGUACGAGGAGCGCUUAUUACUAAGGGAUACGUCUCGGGACAAGAUUGACAGCCUCCUGGAAAAAGUUCAUGCUCUCGCCAAGGAGGGGGACUUUGAGUUGUGUGUUCCGUCAAGGGAUGGAGUGAUCCAAUGCCAGCGAUCUUCACCAAGGCGCGCGCCGCAGGAGUCUCAGCCCGACAUUGCAAAAGCUCCUGCACAGCGCACAGCUGUCAAAUCAACAUCAACUAACUUGGAUAUUAGCGCACCGUUAGAUCAGCUAAAUCCCAGACCACCCCCAAGACACACUCUGUGGCCAUCGGCGGGAGGUUAUGCGCCGACUGAACCUUCAUACCUGCCUCCCCUUUUCAAUUCACCGAGUUCCGCUGGCCACUCCAAUGGCCUCAGCAGGAUCUCGGUGAACCCGACCCUAGCCCCUCCGUCCGCCACAGGAGUUGUGUAUCCCCUCGCAGGCGUAUAUGACGGCUGUAUUGGCUCCGAUUCCAAUGUCAUUGGUCAACAGGCUAUGGCAUACGCUGCUGGAAGUUCGGGUCCAUUCUUUGCGUCAAACAAGGGACAUGUGCAAGUUGCCCAAAACUCCCCUUCCAACCAUGUUCAACACGCUGUCCCAUCUUUCAUCAGGCCUCAACCCUCCGCUCAAUAUUUGAACCCAUUAUUCAUACCGCCCACCUUGAAUCCGCACCACCGGAGUUGGGCCGAUGUGCAGAGUUCUACCCAUAAUAUGGGACGGGUGCCUGGCAGGGAGCGCACUGGAGGGAUUCGGACCCAUAUGGAACCGUAUCCUAACGCAGAUCCAGGCUCCAGUAUUGGGGCCUUCGGAUGGAAUGAAGCUAGAGAUCAAAGUAGAUAGGAUUCCUAUCUGGGGGUAUUGUUAUGAUGGAUUCUUUGAUAUAUUCGUUGUAUUUUCAGUUCACUAUCUUCCAUUAGACAUUCUACUCGCUUAUCAUUGGACUUUUGGUUUCUUUGGUUGGCACAUUUUGUUUCUUGCGAUCAUGGACGCCAUAUAUUCCUUUAACAUAGUCUUAUCAUUCAAUGUUGGUGUCGGGCUUGCGCGUUUUCUUCAUGAUAGUGAUAUAUGAAAGUGG